GGCUGUUCACUCAGGUCCCGCUGAAAACUCACUACCCUGUUCCUCCCAUAGCCUCGUGCUAUGUGCUGCAUACUUAUAUCCGUUUUAUCUGUCGUGUUUGCUCACGUCUCUCCCGCAGGCUCCUUCGUUGCUAGCCAGCGACUUGAAAUCCAGCCUCUUAGACUGACCUCGGUCUUUAGAGAGCCAACCGUCAACUGUAAUUGAUAGCUUGUGCUCAGUGUUGCUCACUUUUAUAGACAUCAGAACAAUGUCUCGCUUUUCUAGCCACCCAUACCAUACCAUGCCAGCUAUUCAUUCCUCUCAGAAUGAUCAUCCACUUCCUCUCAGCCCACCGGAGACCGAUCAAGAAUCCUUACCUGUUCAACUGCCACAGGCUUCUCUCAUCGCCGGUGCAGAGCUGGAACAGCUCGGGCAUUCUGCUUUAGGUUUUCCUGAGCGUUCUAAAUUUCAAUCUCGCAGGACGUCUACUCUGCCAUACCAGAACUCGGGAGUGCGAGACAAUCGCGACCGAACCCCUUCACGGGCCUCAAAAUACUUGAUCGUUGUUCUUCCUCCACCAGACUUUCCCGUGGAUCAUGGUCAAUUAGGCAAUCUGGGACCUCGUCACCGAUUAUCUCAAGGAAUCCUCAUGCCCCUGUUGCCUACGAUGUACGGACAGCUCGCUGCAAUCGCACGGGAAUUUAAUUUCCCGAGCACCGUGGGCUUGUGUCUCUACCACCAUAUCACUGAAAAUGGUAUCACCAUGACGCCGCGCAUCUCUGACGAUGCCUGGCAGUACCUAUGGGCACAUCUCAUCGAGUCACGUAAUGGCCUCCAACAUCUUCCCAUCGGUGGUCGCGUAGAAUUCGACAUCGACCUCAACAAAGCCCGCUGGUUCGAUGCCUGGAUUGCUGGUACACUGCGUGACGACACUAUUGUUCCUGUUGCGCAGUCCCAUACAUCUAUCCUGCACUUACAUGGUGAUAGUAAGACUGCAAUUGCAGAGGAGCACAUUGAGAAUGAAGACCGCUGGGAAAACCAGACCAUUCAAUCGAACUCAAGGCCUACAACUAUCCGUCACGCGCCCAAGAAACUCUCCCUCGUCGAUCGGCUAGAUUCCACCGCGCUCCAGGAUUCAUAUAAAGCGUCGCAGGCAAAUUCUCCACCUCUAAACCAUCUUGCGCAUAAACUGUCUCCCAUCCCACAAUCUGCGGCACCGCAGACAUUGAAAGCCGAGCUUCAUCGGCGUGUCAAUUCAUGGCGAGUGAGCGCAUCCUUAGAUCCUGCAUCAAUGACGGAGUCAUAUCAGCCCGUCCCUGAUGCUACAUUUGGUACUGCAGCGAUCGAGGCUACGGAUAAGUACCCCUUAGAGGUAGAGGGAGGAGUUCAAGAGCCUCUGAACUUAGCAGACUUUGCUUGGUCUGCAACAUCUGCCGGGCCACUUAGUCCGCCUCUAGAUUCUCCAUCGUCUUCUUUCCGUCUUCCCUCUGUUCAUCUUGACCGUCGCAUGCAGGAAUCUGUGGUAUUGACACCGAUCACAGCAACUAGCUGGGGACCUCUUGAUGAUGAUUGGCUUUCAGACGUGUCAAGCAUCAAUCGUUUACCCUCGCCUGACAUUGGUAGACGCAUGCUUGAGAGCGCACCCCUGACCCCCGCCACGGCCACUAGCUGGGGGCCUGCUGACGAUUGGCGAUCAAAUGUAUCCAGCAUCGAUCGCUUGCCAUCCCCAGACAUUGCUCACCGAAUGCUGGAAGAUGUUUUAGCGAGCCCAGCCUCUGGAGUUCCCUGGCACAAGGCCUGGUCAAUCUUCGAGGUUAGAAACGUAUCACCUGUAGGGCCACCAUACAGCCCAUGGGCGGGCAUGUCUGCUUCUUCGUCUUCAUGGUUCGAUGUUACAAAAGUGGCAACACUUCCAUCCACUACUUCCUAUAAUCCUUGGGCUGGAAUGCCAUGGGUUCAAGCUUGGCCUUGGUCCGAACUUGAGAGUGCAGAGUCUGGGGUUUUUUAUAGCCCAUGGACCAUGGUGCCUGCCAUCCGUGCAUGGCCUUGGUUCGAUAUUCACGCUUCCCGGGACAAGGGAGACCUGGGCUUGCAGCGCAGCACCUCUUCAAAUCCCUGGGCUGGCAUGCCCUGGUUUAACGUUGGGCCGUGGCAUGAUGUCGACGGUGAACAACCUAGAAAUCCCAUGGUCAUUUCGCUCAGUCAACAAGGAGGUUUGAAAACUGAAUAUCCUAGUCUGGACAUCUACCCAGCUUCCUAUCCUUAUUUCAAUAUUUAUCCCGCGUGGGCAGAGGUGAACAGCGGCCUUAGCAGCGCUAGAGGUUAUCCUACACUUGAUAUUUAUCCUACAGUUUACCCUCAUUUUAAUUUAUAUCCUUCGAUUGCGUGCUCAGUUAUUCCUUCCCCUGAAAAGACGGUGACCUCUCAGCCACAAAAAUCUAUCAUUGUAGAACUUGCUCCAACUUACCUUCUGUUUGAUCUCUACCCACCUCUUUACCCGUAUAAUCUCAAUCUGAUUUAUCCGGCACCGGCUGUCAGAUUAUCUUCAUCUGUGGUGCUCCCGAGUAGCUAUCCGUGGUUAAUUACUUAUCCUCCUGUUUAUCCUCAUGUGAUCCCGUAUCCACAAGCCAGUGAUGAGGUGACUGGACCCCAGAAAGCAGAAGACGAGGUUGCGCAGCCUGUUCAAGUGAAACUUCGGCCGCAAUAUCCUGUUCUUGAUAUCUAUCCUGCAGGCUAUCCAUGGAGCCUCAAAACAGUAUAUCCCUCAACCGAAGUCGAAAAUGCCUUUGAAAUUACUGUCCGCCUGUCAUCGCGCUAUCCAUGGCUAGAUAUCUAUUCUUCGGUUUACCCUUUUGUUGAACCGUAUCAGACGUUAAACAAGACGUGUGAAAGCCCUAUGAGCAGAUCUGAGACUCACUACAAGUCAGAAUUUGUGAAGGUUACCUUAGCUAGGCACUACCCGUUAUUCCAUUUAUAUCCCGCAGCCUAUCCACAUUUUGACCUGUAUCCUACCUUGCCAAAUUUCAGGUCCAGAAGUUCGCAGCAAGAGUCUGCCAAGAAGAUUGUCGAUAGCGUAUUAGUUGACCUUGCGGGCGCUUACCCAUACAUUUGCCCUUAUCUUUCCGCUUAUCCUCACUUCGACCUGUAUCCACAUGUUCAGAUACAUGCGUCCCGUGAUGGUGAGGAUCUGUUGACCAGCAAGUUCUUCGCUUCGAGUAGCACGUACCCAUUCUUGGUCAUUUAUCCUGCUGUGUAUCCGCACUUCGAUCUGUAUCCCGCUCGUACGGUAGAAUUAGCGAGUCGAGAUGAAGAUAUUGCCAACGGCAAUUUAUCCGUUUCAGCGUACCCUUUCCUUGUCGUUUAUCCUCAUGUGUACCCUCACUUCAAUUUGUAUCCCGCCCGUGCGGCAGAACCAGCGAGUCCGAGUCAUGAGGAGAACAUAACCAACGAGCUUUUCGUUUCGAGUAGCACUUACCCCUUCUUGGUCAUUUAUCCUUCUAUGUAUCCACACUUCGAUUUGUAUCCGGCCCGUGCGGCAGAAUUGGCAAGUCGAAAGGAAGAUAUGAUCAACAGCAAGUUCUCCGUUUCAGCAUACCCCUUCCUUGUCAUUUAUUCUGCUGUGUAUCCGCACUUCGAUCUGUAUCCCGCCCGUGCGGUAGAAUUAGUGAGUCGGGAUGAGGACAUCACCACCAACAAGUUCUUCGUUUCAAAUAGCACGUACCCCUUCCUGGUCAUUUAUCCUCAUGUGUAUCCUUACUUCAAUCUGUAUCCUACUCGCGCGGCAGAACUAGUGACCCGGGAAGAAUCAAAUAUUAUCAAUGUAACUGUUGGUUCAUAUCCCUAUCUCGUGAUCUAUCCGUCUGUGUAUCCCUACUUCGAUCUAUAUCCCGGUACCCCCUCGAGAGUCGAUGCUCCUGCUGUAAGUGGAGAAUCAGUUGUCAGAAUGGACCACGGGUACCCAGUCUUGAACAUCUACCCUGCUGUCUACCCGCACUUGGAUAUCUACCCUGCACUUGGAAACGUAGUACAGCCAUCUCAGAAGGCGAGCAAUAUUCCAGUGCGCCCAUUAUCUGUGAAAAGGCGCAGGAAGACACAUGCCGAACUACACGCCGAGAUAGCACAGUCAUCUGGGUUCAUUGUGGCUAGGGGAAAGUCUGUGAAAACACACCGUCAGCUACAUGGAGAGGUUUUUAUUAACGGAGUCACUUGGACACCUAGUGGAUAUGUGCAAGACCUAGCACUUCCCGAUAAACCACGCGAAGAGUUUAAUCGUGGGUCGCGGCGUCGAAUGCCCUCUGUACAUGAAGUAAUACCUCGACUGCCGCAUUCCCGCUCGGUACCCCUCUUUAACCAGCAAUCGUCAACUAGUCCAUCGCUGCGAGAGAGACAACAGCACGUGUUGCAUAACGUUCCACCUAUCCCCCCUCUCCGCAUCAGCAGUCCAGGGGUGCCAGCUGUCUCGGAGUCGCCAAUUCCUGUAUCACCACCUGCAUCACCACCUUCACGAUUGUCGCAAGCCGUGAGAUCCUUUAGAUCAUCGAUAAUGCAGGGGCGCAAUUUCACAUCGACCUCAGAAAACCACAACGAGAGGGCGAAAUCUCCCACGAGGUCUAUGUUCCCUUCCUUUGAUCGACGCAGCUCUAUGAUUCCACCACUACCUCCCCAUGAUCCGUCAGACCUCUUGGGACGAUUGCCUGUCCAGCAGGGCCUUGUUUUGCAGAGGGCUAGGGCAUAUGAACAAUCGACUUCUUCAUCCAAUAAUCAUUCUCACGGCGUGAAAGACACACAAUCAUCAUUGCCCUCGCUGCUUCCCAUUCCUGAUUUUCCCCAUGCGAUAGAUCUGAGUUUGAAGACUGACAGUUCAAGUCUCUUAAAGAACGCCACUCCUUAGACCUCGUCUCGAGUUGUACAUUGUAUUGUAUUGCUACAAAUUAAUCGAUUCAUACAAUA